AUGAUGCAGCAGGGUGAGCUUCUUGAGGUCACCUGGCCUUACAACACUGGCAAUUUUUCUUUUGAUGGUGUUGAGCUUUAUGGUCUGGACAUGUGUAAUAAUUUUGGGAGCCUAGACUUUUCGCCAUCCUUUCUAUCCGCGACACCUGAUUACUCCUCAGAGAUAUCUUCCCCGGAUCAGUAUCUCUCUUCAGGGCCGUCUGAUGGUUCACAUAAUUGUCUUGAGUUCCGCCAUCAGUUGCCAAAGCUGGAGGAGUCUCAGAUGAUUGGUAAUUCAGAAACAGGAGUUAUUUUCGAUGAAGUCAGCUGUCUGUCUGAAUUGAUGGAACUUGAGAAUUCAUAUUAUUCCAAGGAAGUCCUUAGCGACAACAAGGAUUAUUCAUUGGAGGUCCCUUCAGCCCAAUUGUCAAUCUGUUUUCCUCAGGAAGACGUUGAGAUUGAUAUCCAGUUAAGUAUAUGCUAUCUUAUCCAGGCUUAUGGAGAAGCCAUAGAGAAUGGACAAGUAGAUCUUGUUGAUGCUAUAGUGAAAAGAUUCGAAGAGAAAGCUGAUCCAACAGGCGAAACAUAUCAGCGCCUUGUGUAUUAUUUUGUUCAGUCAUUGGAGAAGCAUAUGGAUUAUCUGAGACAAGAAUCGUUUAAGAUUUUUAAGCCGGCUUUCUUGGCCUUGUACCAGAUCUUCCCUUAUGGAAGAUUUGCUCACUUCCUUGCAAACUCAGAAAUAUUAAACGCGAUGCCUCAGGAUGCAGAGAUGACUAUUGUGGACUUUGAUAUUGGUGAAGGCCUACAAUGGCCUUCGCUUUUUGAAUUUCUUGGAAGGAAGAAACACCCGUGCUUGGUGAAAUUGAUUUUAAUUAGGUGGGAUGAAGAUAACAACAAUGCUUCAACUUGUCUGUGGAAGUUCGAGGAAACAAAGAGGCAGCUCUAUGAGCACGCUCGUUGUUGUAAUCUGAAACUUGAGAUUGUUGAGAUGAGUAUGGAAGAAUUGACAGAAGAAACAAAGACGAAGAGAAGUGAAUGGAUCACCUUCAACUGCAUGACAAAUCUACCACAUAUGGGAAGAAGCAGGAGUACAAAGAGCGUGAUCGAGUUUUUGAAGAUAGCCAAGGGGUCAAUCAACUGUGAUGGAAGUACUAAAAGUGGUAUUAUAACAUUUGGGGAUGGACUAAUGGAGGAAAGGAAGAACGAUUGCAGUGGAUUCGGGUCUUUUCUGGAAGCACGGAUGCUUCAUCUGCAUGCCUUGCUCGAAUCAAUGGACUUGCAUCUUCCCUUCCAGCUUAUUGAAGCAAGGUUAGCAAUGGAGUGCUUAUUUGUGGCUCCCUAUAUGUCUUCAUUUGCUUGCCUCCAGAACUGGGAAGAAAUUUCUUUUGGGGUAGAUGGUUUUUCGAUGCUCGGAUUGGAGGGUAAGAGGCUGAGCCAAGAUAGUAUUGCAGAGGGACAGGAGCUGCUAGGAGAAAGAGGGAUGAGUGGAUACUGGAUAAAAAAUCAAGGAGAGAAUGAAAAUGAAAUUGUGUUGGGUUACAAGGGAAACACAUUGGUAAAAGUUUCUUGCUGGAAAUGA